AUGAUCGGAACUGAAAGAACAACCGCUCGUAACAGACUCAGAUCCCGUUCCCCUGAACCCGAUGCCGAUUCUCGUGGCACAGAACCUCAUCUUCCUCGCGUCGUAACGCCAUUUCCCGCGCCGAAGAUCAUGGACCUUCCUCAGUUUCAAGGUGAGCACAAGGAGAGUUUGUAUUGGGGAACUUAUCGUCCCCAUCUCUAUCUUGGAAUUCGUGCAAGGACUCCACAAUCUUUGAUGGCUGGAUUAAUGUGGAUUGGUGUGAAAGAUGGUAGUAAUCACUUGAGGCAUGUCUGCAGAUAUGAGGAUGGAUUAAGUGCUUAUGGUUGGACAAAGCAUAAUGGACGUGAUUAUGGGCAUCAAGUAUUAGUUGACCAUGGCCUGAUCUUGACUACCGAGUUCUUAAAAUCAAAUGGGGAUGGCAGCGGUUAUGGAGGCGACUGGGCAGUUCGAAUUGGUGUGCAGAUUGAUAAGUCUAGGUGGAAUGAGGAAGUUGGGCAAGGCGGCCAGCUCUUUUUCUAUCUGGCUGAUGAAGGUGGUAAUGUUCUUGAUGUAGGUAGAGAAAAAUUGAACAUUCACGAGAGUUCAUUACUUGCAUCUGGCUCUCGAACUGACAUUGGAGACUGGCAGCUACAUUUGAAGUCAACGGAUGAUCUGAAACUGCAUUACUCUGGACUCCACACACCUCACUUCCACAAUUUGUCUGAUCUUGUUAAGGAAAAGCUUGCAUCGCAAACAAGAAACCAUGCUCAAAUGCAGCUAUCUGACUCAUCAGAUGAUUCUUCAAAUGUGUUAGUUUUUCAGAUUGUCGGCGACUUUCCUUUCACUACAGAUAUUGCACUUAUCUCUGGAACUGAUUCAGAAAGUUCUAGUGUAGAAGAGCGUGUCAAUAGUCUUACAGGAGCCUCACUGUCCAAUGAACUGAAAUAUAAAGAACAAGCAUUUGAUGAAAAGAUUGAGAAAACUUUCAAUUUGGCUGAGAAGGUGGAUUCAGAAUCCGUUUCUGUUGGUAAGUAUGCUGUUGGAAGCUUAUUAGGUGGCAUCGGCUACUUCUAUGGCCAGUCAAAAAUUGCUCAGUCAAGAACCCUUGAUCAUAGAGAACAUGAUGCUUACUUAUCAUAUUGGCCUGCUGAGCUUUACACGGCUGUACCAUGUCGGCCAAUCUUCCCAAGAGGAUUUUUAUGGGAUGAAGGUUUUCAUCAACUUGUAAUCUGGCGCUGGGAUAUUCAUAUUUCAUUGGAUAUCAUUGGACACUGGUUAGAUUUGAUGAACAUUGAUGGAUGGAUACCACGAGAACAAAUUCUCGGGGCUGAAGCACUAAGUAAGAUCCCAGAGGAAUAUGUUCCUCAGCAUCCUACAAAUGCAAAUCCUCCAACUCUGUUUUUAGCAUUAAGCGGCAUAGUCAAUAGCUUGAAGAAUAACGAGUUUAAUGCGAUGGAAAGAAGUGAGAUCUCUCUGUUCCUGGAGUGUGCUUUCAGUCGAUUAGAAGCAUGGUUCCAAUGGCUCAAUAAAACUCAGUCAGGGGAGCAAAUGAGUAGCUACUAUUGGCGUGGACGGGACAAUGCGACAACACUUGAAUUAAAUUUAAAUUCCCAGACGCUUUCCUCUGGAUUGGAUGAUUAUCCGAGAGCUUCUCACCCAAGUUCAGAUGAACGCCAUUUGGAUCUUAGAUGCUGGGUGUUACUUGCAGCACAAUGCAUGCAUUCCAUUGAAGAGUUGUUGAAUAAGGAAACCAAACCAGAAAAGAAUUAUGGUUCUGCUGUGAAAUUACUAUCAGAUCAAGAGUUAUUGAACAAGAUGCAUUUUGAUUACGCGUAUGGUGCUUACUUUGAUUUUGGAAAUCAUACGGAAGAGGUUCAACUUGAAUGGAAAGAAUUGAAAGCAGAAAACAGUCAUGUGACUCGUCAGCUUGUUCGAGAAGUUUUAGAGAGCCCUGUGUUGAGAUUGGUUCCCCAUAUUGGCUACGUUAAUUUCUUCCCAUUCAUGGGGAGAAUCAUUCCAUCUGGAUCGUGGAUCCUGGAGAAGCAGCUUGAACUCAUUUCAAAUCGCAGCCUAUUAUGGAGUGACUAUGGACUUCGUUCUCUUUCCAAAACAAGUUCCUUGUACAUGAAAUACAACAAUGAACAUGAUGCUCCAUAUUGGAGAGGUUCAAUUUGGAUAAACAUGAAUUACAGGGUCCUUUCAGCACUCCACCAUUACUCUAAAGAGAAUGGGCCAUAUCAGGACAAAGCUAAAGCCAUGUACAAAGAAUUGAGAAGCAAUUUAAUUAGAAAUAUAGUGCGAAACUAUCAACAGACUGGAUUUCUGUGGGAGCAGUACGAUCAGAUUAAAGGAAAUGGAAAAGGUGCACAUCCAUUUACAGGUUGGACAUCACUUGCUGUGUUAAUAAUGGCGGAAGCAUACGACACAAUUUAG